CAGACAGCGUUGCUUACCGGCUCGUGGAGGACGGACGUGUCCUGUAAAAGUACAUAUAGCUUACUUAAAUAAUUGAAAAAUAUUGAAAGAUAUGUCAGGCGAAGGAUCAAGCUUAGUGAAUGAUAAUAGAAAAGUGGCGUUGAUUACCGGUAUUACCGGCCAGGAUGGUUCUUAUCUAGCGGAGUUUUUAAUUGAGAAGGGGUAUGAGGUGCACGGCAUACUCCGACGGUCGUCGUCGUUCAACACGGGCCGGAUACAGCACCUUUACGGCAAGCCAGCGUGCCACACCGGCGGCCGAAUGCACUUACACUACGGGGACCUUACAGACACAACUUGUCUCAUCAGUAUUAUUACGAAAAUACGUCCAAGAGAGAUUUACAAUCUCGGAGCUCAGUCCCAUGUCAAAGUGUCCUUCGAGCUCAGUGAGUACACGGCACAGGUGGAUGCCCUCGGAACCCUCCGGCUGUUGGAGGCAGUGAGGGCGGCUGGCCUAGCCAAGGACACCAGGAUAUACCAGGCAUCUACCUCAGAACUCUACGGCAAAGUCAUUGAAGUACCUCAAAAUGAAAAGACUCCGUUCUAUCCCAGAUCACCGUAUGCAUGUGCAAAGCUUUACGGGUACUGGAUAGUGGUGAACUAUAGAGAAGCGUACGGCAUGUUCGCGUGCAACGGACUGCUCUUCAACCACGAGAGCCCGAGGCGAGGUGAAAACUUCGUGACUAGGAAGAUCACGCGCGGUGUCGCCAAGAUCACGCUGGGGCUGAUGGAGUAUUUAGAGCUGGGUAACCUGGACAGCAAGAGAGAUUGGGGACACGCCAAGGAUUAUAUUGAGGCUAUGUGGCUGAUGCUGCAACAAGAAGAGCCUGAGGACUUCGUAGUGGCUACAGGCGAGGCUCACAGCGUCAGGGAGUUCGUGGAGCGAGCAUUCAAGUGUGUGGGACGAGAGGUCGUGUGGAAGGGCACGGGCGAGGCGGAGACUGGGCACGACGCAAAGACUGACCAACUCCUAGUCAAGAUCAACCCCAAAUACUUCAGGCCUACGGAAGUGGACCUGCUGUUGGGUGACCCAUCGAAAGCCAAAGAGAAGUUAGGCUGGACACCACGUGUGACCUUCGACCAGCUAGUCAAGGACAUGGUAGAAGCCGACCUUGACCUCAUGAAGAGAAACCCAGAGGCACACGUAAGUAAUUUGGAAUUAUAAGUUAAUACUUUUUUAUCUAUUACUAACUAUGAAUCAGAAAUAUGUCUUGUAUUGUUCUUCC